AGGCAUACACGCUGAAGCCAAAAAGGAAACAAGAAAACAUAAGGCACAUUUUCUCUCUUUUUUCUUUUACUCAAUUCAAUUGCCCCCUUUUCCCUAACACUUUUAAUUCCUGCACGUAUUUAUCCUUUCUAUCUCUACUUUUUCCACAACCACAUCACGACGACGAACAUUUCCCUUCCCUUCUACAUUAUUAAAAUGACUCAGAUUCACGACAAGGCGGUGGGAGCAGCUCUCCUCGGAAUUGGCUCGCUCGUAUUCACAUACUACUCCAUCUGGACGCUCAUUAUCCCCUUUGUCGACGAAGACCACCCGGCACGCGUGCUGUUCCCUCCGCAGUGGUACGCCAUUGCGCUUCCCGUGUUCCUCCUUAUUGUCGGUGUCACUGCCAUCUUUGGCUUCUUGUCCUUUAUUAUGCUAAAGUCUGCCAAAAAGGCUGCCAAAAAGGCCACCUAAACCCAGCACUUUUUUCGCUUCUAUUUUGUUGAAUAUACAC